UAUGGUUUAGUCUUUACUGAACAACCACACGAGUUACAUUUCCACAUCAAAGCCUUUCAAAAAAUUUCGAUUCUAUACAAUAGUUAAAGUAAUGUGAAAAGUCAAUUUUCUAACAAUGUCAAAAACAAUUAACGCGGAUUAUACGUUCGUUCGCAAAAAAGCAAUAAGACGGAGCCGACUAAAAUUUUUAAAAAACGACUCCCACAAUGUAAGUCAUCGAAGACAUGGAAGUAUCAAUCUUAGUCCUCAGAAAAGGUUGCUGUCAAUAAUGACGGACACGGAAAUUGGAACAGAUAUCCGCGAGCCAAUUUAUCGGCAUAGAAAAAAAUUGAAAAAUAGUGAAAAAAUAUUUAUUAAAUCGGGCGCUACAUCUUCGUUAAUUUUACUGACACUGAAUAACAAAACGAUGUCAAUUAAGCCAAUGCCAUGUGAAAAUUUGAAACUGACUGAAAAUACUAAAAAUCCUAAAAUAAAAUUAAAGCCACUUGAAAAUACAUAUGGUCUCAAAUAUUUUGGGUGGUAUACAAAACUGAAGCGUGAAAUUAUAAAAAGCUUCAGAACAAAAGUUUUUCCUGUCAAUGGAAUUCAAGACUCAGACGGAGGAUUUUUUGAGAACUUGGGAACAUUAUUAGCAGAAAAAGUCCGAGCUCAAGAGCUUGCAGAAGGACCGCUACCAGUUAAAUCUGACAAUAAUUACGAGGAAGAUGUGAUAAGCGAGGGAGGAAGUAUAGAAGAACCAACUGAAGCUCUGCUCGAAUCCGACAGUGAUAGAGAUGAAAAUGAACAAGCUUUAGAUAUUGUCAUUGGCUCAGUUGGUUGGAAUAUCGAAGAACUUUAUACGGCUCUUGUUUAUAUGACGCAACACCAAAUCGGUUAUGAUGUUACAAAUGAGUGUGGACGGGAAACUUUGCUCAACCAUCUGCAGCAAGCUUUCAAGGUUGACAACGAGGUACAUUCACAAGUUAUAGAGGAAACUCAAAACAUGGAGGCACCGGUAAUGCAUCUAAAUGUUGAAGUAAUAGAAGCUAAAGAGCUUAUUUCAAAAGAUUCAAACGGCAAAAGUGAUCCAUUUUGUGCACUUUAUCUUGACUCAGCACCAACUCGAAGAUACAACACGGCUGUCAAGACAUCGACAUUGACUCCAGUUUGGGAGGAACAUUUUGAAUUACCUCUUGAUGAUGCUGAAAAUGAUACUCUGUGUCUUGAAGUUUGGGAUUUUGACGCAGCGGAAACGGUACCGGAAAAAAUGAGCAAAGUAAAAGACGUUAAAGGUGUACGUGGGUUAGUAAAACUAGCUAAAGAAAUUGCUGUUACUGCGACGACUGGUAGUCAUGAUAAUGAAUUUAUUGGUCGAUGCAAAAUACCAUUGAAAGACAUUCCGGUAACUGGGCACACAACAUGGUAUUCACUUGAAAAAAAAAAUAAAUCUAAACGACGGGGUGUCGUUAAACUCAGACUGGCAUUCAGUGCAGAACAUAAUACUCAAGUUGCAGCACAAGAGCACCGGCAUCUAGUUAGAAUUUUACUUCUUCAUGAAUUGGAAACAGAAAAAGUUGAAAAAUAUUGUUGGUGUGGUCGUUGGUCUGCUCCAGCUGAAGCUUUGAUUCUUCAGCAUAGUGCGCAACGUGGAUUGUUAGCAAGAAAUGUUUCAUUGGCGCAAUGGGUUGAAUACUCACGUAUUCAUCAGCAACAUCCGCUUCAUUUUUCUGUUUUUAACAAAGUCGCUGUCGAAUUACUUAGACCGUUGGAAAAUUGUUUGUUUUCGAAAGACGAAGAAAAAUUGUUCUGGGAUGCUACGAGAAAAAUUAUUUAUUCAUGUUUGAACAGCAUCAGAAAAAUAAGAAGACUUUCUCCUGGUGAUAAAAAUGUUAUGACACAAAUGGGCGCUAUUUUAGGGAUCCUAUCAUCGAUUUCUUCACUUCGAGUUCCUGAGGAUUUUGAAUUAUUUCCUGUAAAGAUGUUUGGCUGGUUUCCUGAGCCAGAUGAUACAAAAGUUGACGUGAUGAAGGCAUUAGAGUAUUCAGUAAUUCAAGGCGGAGCUGAAUGGUUUGAUCAUAUAUUGAAUAACAAUACUCCAGACAGUGAUAGUGACGAUGAUGCACUGAAGUAUCAAAUAAAAGUAAUCCAAUUAAUUAGAGCAGAUCUUCAGCGAGCAAUGGAAACUUAUGACCGUAUGUUUAUUAAAAAAAUCAAUUUCCCGUACGCACGUACACUUUACAUCAUGUAUGAAAAACGAAUAAGUGAUAUGUGUAUGGUAAUUAUUGAAGACGUCUGUCUUCGAUUAAAACGAAUUGAAGUUGACAGUCACGAUGAAGCGGAACUUACAUUAGGUACAACAUUAUUCGAGCUGUAUCUCACUCUACAGCGAUACGCUGUUUUAAGUAACAUGUUUUGUCUCGACGGAAUUGACCAAAUGAAAAUUCAAAGCUACCACGAAUGGUUUAGAGCCGGAGUUUCGCAUUGGUUAGAUAUAUCUGUGUACAAAGCAUUAAGAAGAAUUGAAAGAGCUGUUGAGUUCGAUACACUUCAACCAGUUGACUCCAGUGUGCAGUACAGUUCCAGUGCCGUUGAUACUUUAACGAUAUUCUACCAAAUAAAAGUCUUCUGGACUCAAUUAGCUUGGCCGGAUAUCGAAGGCUCCUACACCUUUAUUGCUAAGAUAAUAGAUGACAUUUGUAAGUGCACUAUUUCAUAUGCUGAUAUGAUGGCAUCAAAAGCUGAAAAAGUCGAUCAACAAAUUCAGAACUCAGAAAACAAUAGUAGUGUUUACGACAAUAAAUUUGAAGUAUCAAAUGCUUGGUGCUUUGCCAUCAAUAAUAUUGACUACAUCAGAACUUCAAUCGAACCCUUGACUCAUGAUUUAGGUCUUCAAGACAUCAUUGAUAGUCUAAGUGAAAACAAAACUCAACAGGAAGCUGACCGUUGUCGACAAACUCUGCAACUUCUCAUCAACAAUACUACGGACACUGUAAAAAAUAAAAUAAUCGAAUUACUUGAAGUUGUAGCAAGUAAAAUGCAGCCUGCUAUGAGUAGAUAUCUAAUGGAAGGCGCUGAGUUAAUAGACACUACGAGCAAUGCAAUGGAUCGUUUGCUACAGUAUUUAGAUUCAAAUAUCACGACAUUGCAUGAUAGCCUUAAUGAAGACAAUUUCGAACGUGUUCUUUUGGUUAUCUGGGAAAUAAUGUCAGAAACUUUGUAUAAACUUGUGCAUUCAAACUUGGAAAGACGUAGACCUCCGUCAUUUUAUUCGAAUCUUAAUCGUACUUUACAUACAUUAAUAAGAUUUUUCAAUUUGGGUGCUGAUGAGACUGCUAAUGUACAAAUUUUAGAAAAAAUAGAACGGCUUCUUAGUCUUCAUGGACUUGAAACAGCGGAAUUGAUUCAUCGCUAUCAUUUGGAACGGGCACAAGCACAAAAAAAUAUUGAAGAAGCUUCACUUGGAAUGCUCACCGUUCGCGCCCAAUUUAUCAGCAAUUCGUUGAAUGUACAAAUUCUAAAUGCCCGAAAUCUCCGCCCUAUGGAUAGUAAUGGAGAUUUAAUAGGCAAGCUGUCUACUCUUGAGCGCAAACUACAUUCAAAGAGUAAACAACCGACUAAAAGACUGAAAGAGAUGAAGACAAGAAAAUGUGAUUCGUACGUAAAAAUAAGACUAUUGCCGGAGGAAAAAUUCUGUGAUGUAAAAUUACCGAAAACUCAUGUGCAGAAAGAAACACUUUUUCCUCUUUUUGAUGAGACUGUUAACAUUUCUUUGACUCCAGAACAAAGGAGUAUUGAGAAUGCAAUUGUAGUUUUUGAGGUUAAAGAUAAAGAUUUUCUACGAACUAGAUUUAUGGCAGAAGCAUUUUUGCAGUUUAGUGAUAUUCCUGAUACCGGUCAUGAUGUUGGAAUCGAUUCUCUGGAUCAAGUUCAUUUAAAAUUAUCACGACCAGUAGAUAAAACAACUGAUGUAAUUCGUGCCUUAGAACAUCGAAAAGGAGAUAAUCAAGCAAUGGAUUUUAUUGCUAAAUUCAAUGCUAAGAUAAAUUCAAGAUAAUUUUAUCGAUAUUUUUACGAAACAAUAAAAAACUUAACAAAAUACUUUAGAUAUUUGAAUAUUUUUUGUAAAUAACAUUUGUUGAAUAAGUAAAAUAUUAUUAUUAUUAUUGUAAUAUUGCAAAUAUAUAUUGUAUGCAAAUUUAUUUAUAGUUGAAUAUAUAUUAUAUUGUUUUUAAUAAAAUUAAAAAAAAAUUUUUGUAUCGAAUUUGAAAUUUAACUUUGAUGCUUAUUCUUUCUUAUGAAAAGAAACGAUUUAAGGAGGUUCGACCGAAUCUAAUGUAAAAAACAUUUUCCAACUUUAAGAUUUGAAAGUAUACAUGUAAAUAAGUACUUUAUCUAUGUAUUCUCAAAAUUUGAAUAUGACCCACCGUCUAGUUUUUUAGAAAAAAAGAUUUAAAAAUGACGUUUUUAAAGUUCUUAUACGUAGGCUCUUAUGACGGACAAGCUCCCGUCGUGACUUGUUCGAGUAUUUUCAUCAUUAACCUCCCAAGUUUAAGAAAUGAAAAACCACAUGCCGUAAACUUGAAUAUUUUUAGAAUAUGAUAAGAUUUUAACAAUAUAGUGUUACCGUUGUAAUUAUUUAGAUAAUUCAAGUUAAACUUUAUUAUUUAAUCUCGUUCAUCGACAGAGAUACAUGUUAUUGAGGGUUUGGCAACAUCGCGGAAGCAGCUGAGAGAAAAAACAAAGAUAGAUGUACAUUAAUAAGAGAGACGAGAUUAGAAACAAAUUUUCCCGCUUUAAUUUGAAUAUCGAUGUGUAAGAAGUUAGAGCGCGUUGUUGCCAAAUCUUUUUAUUAAAUCAUAUGAGUCAAAAAUAACCAAGUCAUUUCAUUACUUUCUUUAAUUAAAUAAAUAAUAAAUAUUAAUUUAUGAAUUCGUUAUGUUAUUAUAAAUUAAAAUAAUAAAUUUUUAUAACUAUUAGGAGAAUUUAGCAAACGAAAAAAUUCAAACACUACUUCGACACACUAGUUGCGGUCGAACCUCCUUAAAACGAUUAGAAAAAAAAAAUUUUUAAUCUUUUUUAUUGCUUUUUAUUACUUCGAAUACUUUUGAUUCGUCCUUCUUACGGGCAUUUAACAUUGCAAAUUGUUUCGAAUCGUUUCUUUAAAUCAGGGCUUUUUUCUCAAUAGUAAUAACAAAUGGCUGCAACAAUAAUAAUAUUCUUUAUUCCUUUAAAAAUAAAUAUUAAAUGCGGGUUCGAGCCCAGCAGUCACCGGGAUUUUUUCGUCAAUAAAAUGCAUAUUUACUUCCUUUAAGUAUAAUGCCCCUAAAUACAUUAGAUAACACUCUGGAUAAAAUUCAGACUUUUUUAUUCAACGCAGACCUGAUUUGCGCGCUUUAUGAGGUCUGCGUUGCGAAACCUAAACGGCUGUUUAUCAAACGGUGCAAAAAGUUGAAUAACGUUAAAGCAGAUAUCCUUGUUUUCCACCAGAGUUGCAAAAAGUGAGUGUUGUAAUGAAAUUUCGAUUGCCAUUAAUCGCGUAAAUCAGACAGUUGUUGAAAGUAUAGUAUUGAAAAAUAAAAAAACUAUUUGAGACAUGCACUUGAAAUUCGAGUAUGUUAUUUUUGAAAGUAUAAACUUUCG